CAACCUCGCCGACGAGAGAUGACUCUACCGAGUGUGCAAGAAGGAGUCUUGUAAUGGCUCAUGAUAGAUAUGUGGAGCUAGAAAGACAUCCUCUCGGUGGAUUUGGUUUUAGUGUCAUCGGUGGAGUUGAUACGCAUCUGCCACCUAUGGUCUGUGCUUUGGUUCACAAUGGAUCGGCACAACUAACAGGGAAGGUGAGAUAUGGUUAGUUAUGUCAGCUUUGUUACGGAUUUCUAGACAGAAUAAGACAGUUAAUUUAUUGUUAAAUCAUAAUUUACAAAAGUGAUUGUUUUUUGAUCUAAGAAAUUCGUGUAUUUGAAAGAUUAUGCCUGAGUUGAAAUUUUCCUAGGGCCCGAUGAUAUCGACACAACGUGGCAAAGUUCGUUUCGAAGCGAACUUAUCUACAGGCGAAUUUUUAUCUACUUUCCCGGCCUUUCUCUAUUAUAAUACAAAACUCACAAGUAAAUCUAUUUAUUUCAAUUCAUAUGCUUGGAUCGUCUAUAUUGGCUAGCUUUUGUAGUCUUCGUUUUUGCAACACGAGUGUUGUAGCUUCUAUAAAACAACCAUCCCAUCGAAUGUAUGGAUGAAAAUUAGGGACCUGAAUAAAAUUGUAUGUUUCAUGAUAGAUCAUGGGGGAAAAUUAUUUGGACAAAAUAUUACUCUAUGUACAAUGACGAAUGAUAGUUAUUUAUAUUAAAUCGUGAAUUGUUCAGUUAGCUGAGUUCAAAAUCACCUUGUGUUCCUAAACUAAAAACAUCUCACAAAUGUUUUCCUUCAAGUUGUACACAAUUCUUUUGUACUUGUAUGUGUGCAAACUCAGCCAAUUCAUGUCAACUUAGUUCAAUAAAUAAUUCUUUGUUUAAUUUAGGAAAAGGAAACGGUAGAAUGUGUAUUGGAAAGAGCGGAUUUAGGAGAUUAGAAGAUGUUGGUUCGUUUCAUUAAAUUUCAGACUACAGGGCGUGCAUGAAAUCCUAUAGCUGCCCCGAGUAAUUGCUGUCGUGCCGAGAGGGCAAAUGUUACAGCCGUCCUCUUGAAAGGGAGCUCUGAAAUUAUCUUAAUUGUAUUUGUAGACAGAGCUCACAUUUUUUGCAUGAAAUUCAGUGGGAAGCCAACUUUAUGAAAGCAUACCUGGAGUUAACCUGGAAAGAUUAAAUUGAAUGAAUGGCGGUAAUAAUUUUAUUGCAUGUAUUCAUCAUCUGGUAGUGAUAAUGGUGUCAACAGAUUAGAACUGUUUUUCGCUGUUUAGCCUUUUCCAUUUUCUUUGCUUAGUAACUUUAAACUUGUUAUAAAUCCUAAAGCUUUGAAUCUUGUUGAGCAGUUACACUUGACUACCCUCUAUUCCAAAAUUGUGUUUUAAAUUUACUAUAUUUUUUUCAUUUAUGAAAAGAGUAAAAUUUAAAAAUGUAAAUAAUUUCAAUUUGUACAGAACAAACAGCUUAUGCAUGCAAAAACUUGUAGGAGAUAAAUUAAAAUAUAGAAAGUUGUCAACUUAAGGGAUAUGACAGAACACGUUUUAUUUCAAAUUGCUGAGAGUUUUGGAACUAGUUUUUUUUUUCACUUAUAGCAAAACUCCAGUAGCUAUAAAACUGAUGCAGCUGCAAUCUGCAAUCUUGGGGAUGUGGAGGAUUGUGUGGGGUGCAGUUAUAAGGACCAAGGAUACAGGAAGGGGGGGAGAGCAGUGGGAGAGCAAUGGGAGGGGGGGUAGCAGUGGGAUAAAAGCAGAUUUCUUUCUAACCAAGCUCAUUCAGGGAUUUCUGUCUUGACAGUGUUUUGUUUAUUCUCCCUUUGCUGAUAGUGGAUUAUAUAACUUUGAAUGUGAAUUACUCUAUAGAAGGGAAAAAGGGACUGAACUUGUUCCAAGCUUAUCUUUUUGGAUGACUUUCUACAUUACCAAAAAGUCACUUGCCAAUAUUAAUUUUUUUUAAGAGGUAAUAAUUUUUUUUCCCAAAUUGAAUAAAAAAAUCACAUUUUCUCAACCGGUGGGUAUCCCAUUGGCAUGGAGUUCACUUUUUUCAAAGUACCCUCAACCAAUAUGAUUUUAGAAUAUCAAUUGAUCACUGAAAACUCCAAAAUAAAUAAAAUAUGUUCACAUUUGUCUUAAAAUUCAUAGUAGUGCUAUUAGAUGGUGGUAGUUGUUUGAUUGUGAUUUAAUUUAAUUCUAAUCAAGGUUUUUGCUGGAGACGUCAUUUUAGAGGUUAAUGGUCAACAGAUUACACAGUUCACUACAAGUCAAGGUGAUGUAAAAUUGUUCUUCUUUUCCCUUUCCCCCCAACACUUCUACCCCUCCUCCCUCCUCCCUCCUCCCUCCUCCCUCCUUCCUUGUCUUAUCUUUCUGCCCUGCCUCUUCCCAGACUUAAAUGCAAAAUGAAAACCAAGGUGACACUCUUGGCUACAUGCAGAUUCUUACCCCAACUUUUCACUCCUCUUGCUUAGUUGGUAGAUCUGGGCUAGUUAUCCGGGAUGGCCUUUCAACUGCAUUACAAAUGAUCCUUGUUUUGUGACAUUCAAUUUAUAUGGAUGUUCAAUGGUAGAAAGUCAAGAGCAAAGCACUAGGCAAAUUAUGUUACAUUAUAUGCUUUAAUUGUCUGAUUUCUGGAAGUGAAUUGUGGUGAUGAUGGUCAAUCAGAGUCCUUAUAAUAUUUUUUCUAACUUCUUUAGCCAAAAGCUUUAAAAGUUUGAUUUGUACCGAUUGUAUGUACAAAGUUGUGAAAAUCUAACCAAAUGUUUCUUUAACUUCAGUUGUAGAAAGCAUUCGCAACACACAGGAUAAUUUGAGAAUCCGUCUAAGGGAUGGUGAGACCAAUUUUUUUUUCUCUUAUUACUCAACAAAUACAAUUUUAUAUUUUUGAUUGAACAACUUUUAGUAGCAUACCUCUUUAACAGGCUGUGGUAUGUCAAAUUUUUCUCUGGCAUUUAAUUGGCUUGUCAAAUUGAUAUACAAUCACAGAAUUGUGUCUAAUCAAUAUACUGUAAUCCUCUGCCCCACUUGGUUGUGUGUCUUCUCUACAUCCAUGUGUACAGUGGCCCUUAUAUGCAUUUAAAGCUUUCUGCGAGAAUGUUUUCUCCAUGUACACUUUAUCUGUAUAUCAUGUAUGGUGGUAAAAGUUAUGUUUAUAAUCAGGUGUUAGACCCAUGUUAAGAUAACAUAAUAAAAGGAUAUGGAUAAAUAAAAGGUGACAGGAAAAAAUAGAAUGAUGUUCAUUAUUAUCAGUGCAAUUAUUUCUGUGGGUAGUUCAAUUAUAAGAUAACUCAAUUUGUUUUUUUCAUUGGGAAUCAAGUAUGAGAAUGAUUAAUUUGUGUUUUACAGAAGAACCAUCAUGGUAAAAUAUGUUCACAUAAUUGUAAUGUCUGUAUACGUUAAAUUAUUACACUUUAAACUGUUUCUGUUGUGUUUUUUUUUUUUUAUUAAGAAAUACACUUUCUUAAGCCUUGAGAUUUUGAAUUCUCUGGGUGACAUAGUAUAAUUUUGUCACCAAGUAUUGAAUUAUAUUGUUUUUUUUGUCCACUCUGAUUUGUUGAAUUUUAAUAAAAAUAUUAUUGAGUAAUUCUUUAUCAAAGUCCAGAACUGAUAUGCACAGAGCCAAAACAACCUAAAGUUACACAUUGUACUUCCCUUCUGCAGUAGAUGCUGUAUUUUGCUCUACUUACUGGUUAUGCAUGUAACAAAUGAAAAUAUGUGCAUAGAUCAAAAUUUACCACUAUAUAAACAGAUAAUUAUUUUAUAUACGUGAAAAAGAAAAGUGGCCUUUCACUUGAUUAAAUGAAAAGUUAGGCGUUGCCAAAUAACAUUCUUAAUCAACAGGAAGGUUAUGCCCAAACAUUGUGGGCUAUUUCCUUUAUAAACCAUGAAAGAUUUUUGGUUCAGUCGUCAUGUUAGUCCCAAAUAAUGGGCAUUUAACACUUUGAAACUGCUUAUUAUUUUAAUUUAUGGAUGUAAAGGGUGUUUUCCAAGUUAGGCUUAACAUUUGUAUGAAUAUGAAAACAAAUUUCUUUUUCUGAAACAUUGUUUUUUCAGCAUGAAGUGAUAUAUUUUUUUCACAACCGAGCCUUACUUGUGAACUUCCUGUUUUUCAUUUGCAUUAUGUUUAUUUUAGUUUCUGAAUAUGUUAAUAUUUCUUUAUCUUAAGUCCCAUUUUUCAUAUUUUAAAUGACCAAUUCAACUGUACUUUCAUUUUGGAAUCAUCACUUUGUUUUGUAAGUUACCAAGUUAGCCAUGGCAUGUCAGAUCCCACACAAGACAUCCUCUGUGGGACUAGAAUGAAAUGUCAUGACCUUUAGAAUGUGAAACUUGAAUCCUAUUGUAUAGAAUUGCACACUUCAGUGGAAACUACUUCUUUGCCGUGAAACAUGUCAAGGUUCGUGUGGUUUGAAUCUAUAUCUGUUUCAGUUUUAAUCAUUCAAUGCUGAGAAAUUGAACUUGCAUGAGUAGGUAGUUUCUAACUACCUGUUGAGAUAAAGGCUUUCCAUUGUUUUUAUGCGUAAUGUGAAAGCUAAACCACUGAAACAAGCUCAUGUUUCCCACUUCAAAUGAACACAUCUUGUUCUGAAGUUAAUGGUUUUGAUUUUGUGUGACUCAGUUUUCCUUAGUAAGAGCCUAAAGGUGAUAGAACAAUAUUUAUACAGGAACAUAGAAUGUAAUUUUCACAGUAUUGAUUUUCAGUGAUAGUUUGGUUCAGUGCCAAUAUUAAUCGUAUUGUCAGAAAGUAGAACUGAGAGGUGAAAGCUGAUUCGAGUGAUAGUGUUGGUAUGACUCAGUAGCUGAGCAAAUCUGUAUUUACUCUCCUUUGUGCUUUCGGAAAUUCAGUUUCAAUAUUUAUAGCUUUGUGGGAAACGUAAAAGCUUACUUUGGGAGCAGAUGCAACAUACAUGUAGGUAUGAAACACAAUGUAAUCAUACUGUGUGUUAUUCAUUGAGUGAGUUUAAUUUCUUGAGAAGUAAGAAAAAACGAUUCAGUUAAGGUCAAUGUAUUUGUUGCAUUUUACCCAAAGGCUUCCCUUGGCUUUUAGAGUUAUUGUACAUGUUAACUUUAAUUAGCCAGAGUGUGUGUUGUUAUCUUUCAAGAGUAUGACUCAGUUGCUAAGGUUUUGACAUAUGUUAAAGAUUUAAGAUUAUGAUAUGGUACAGCAGCUCCUACAGUGCUUUGAAGGUAUAUAUAAUGAUGCUUAACAUAGGUGACAGAAAGUGAUUUCAAGAAGAAUUUCUUUAAGUACAAAGUUCUUUUAGUACAAAGUUAAGGCAUUAUUGAUACUGUAAAUUCUGCCCUCAUUUUAUACUAUGCAUGUAUCUCAGUAAUGAUUUUGACAAAAUACUCUGCUUAAAUAUGAAACCUUGUAUUUAUUCAUAAAGAGAGAACAUCUAACUUUAACCUGAUAUUCUUUUGGUUUAGCAUUUUAUGAAGGCUUUCAGCUGAUAACAAUUGAUCCAAUGCUGAAAUUUCAAUAAAACACUGCUCAUUGUUUACUUUUUCUGAAAGAUAUGCCAGUUUUUCUUUUGACUUUGAUAUCAAUGUGUGUUUCAAAUUUGCAUGCUGUUCAGGUUGGCUGGUUGAUUUCAUAAUCUGUUCUUGUGAUAGAAUGUUUUUAAACUGAAUAAAAUUUUGGGGUUCUGAAAAUAGUUGUGAACAAUAUCCUGCACUCACUAGAUGUACCUAAAUAGAGCAAACUAUGCUAAUCUCACAUGAGUACAAGUUAUAUUAGCCAUAAAGACUGAUUCAAAUCGUCACAAAAUUUAUUUUAAGAAUUUUGUUCAGAACAUGAAGGUGCUGUAAAAUCAAUAGAAUGAUGAAUGUAAACAAACUGUUUAAGUCCUUUUACAGGAAGUGUUAUCUGAUGAGUACAUUGUUUAUAUGCUAGAAUGUUCCCUUUACUUGAAUUUAUUUAAACCAUGGCAUUCAGUAUUUUUAACUACUGGUUAUUAUUGUGCUUUUCUUUACAGAUUUCGAGUGACGGUGUGAAGUGUUAACUCAUAAUGUAUAUGAACUAGUGCCAGUAGUUUGAAUGCUUGAAAUCAGGAAAAUUUUGUCUGGCUAAUAUGUAAAUUUUGCUUCAGAUUUUGUGAUUGUUAGUGGUAAUCGAAAGCAAUAUCUCAAAAAUAUUCUGAUAUGUCAUCUACCACAUAUAUGUCAUAUUGGUGUACUGUGGAGAGGAAUACAAUGUGUUGAUUGGAACAUGAAAGAAUAAGGAAGCAAUAACAUGCCAGUACACCCAUUUGCUGAAGCAUCACUUUCGUUGUUCCUUAUCCUCUUAAUUUACCACUAAGGGGUGGUUUGAGUCAUAGACUUAUAGUAUGUGUUGUGUAGUUUCAGUGUGAUAAAGGCAAAGUAAUUUAAAAUAAUAUUUUGUUCCAGAUGAUUCAUUGAAAUUCUUUGAAAAAAAAUAUUAACCUUAAGUUUGAAAUUAUUCAUGGGUCAGAAUGAUGUGGAUUUAGUUUAAUUUGUAAUAUAUUUUGUUGUAGAUGAAUUAUCAAUAAUCUUGAAGGCAUACAAAUCAUCUCGGUGUUAAAUCAUAUACACCAUGUAAAUGUGAAUUCCAUAUUAAUUAUGAUUAUGACCUUCAUGAUAUACUGUGUAUGAAUGUUGUUUUCAAAAGAUGAGUGUUAUUGAAAAUGUCCAGAGUGUCUUCCUUUGAAUGAUUAUCCAGUCACUUGGAUACUUCUCUUUUGAGACAGAGUUGUGUUAGGUUCCUUUUUCUUUUUGAAAAGUAUUUUAUAGUGUAUUAUGGGGUUAAAAAUUACAGUUCUUGUAUUGCAUGUCUGAUCACUUGACUGUAUUGGAAAACAAAGGCAUUUCCUGUAAGUUAUAAACCACAUUAUGUGUGAAUGCUUGUUUAAAUAAACAGAUAUACUUAAAAAUGAUUAAAACUACAACCAUCAGGAUUCUUUGCAUUGGAAUGGUUUGAUAUGCCCCUUAGUCAGAGUUGGAAGACUGUAUAACUUAGGACAAUAAUUGUCAGAGAGACAGACAAGGUCUGCACUUUGUUUUAUGAAUUUCUUAGUCUUACUCUCCAAUAGGAUAUUAGAUUGCUUUCUUAUAAUGCUAGGUUUUAUUUAUUCCAACUGACAUCUUGUUGUAGAAGCUAAUACAAAAAUAGGUGACAAUGUUAAUCAUUGGUCUCAACUUUUUACCUCAACAGACCCUGGGACUAGGGAGCGUGCACGUCCAUAUCUCAGAUCAUUUUCCGUUGCUGACCCUAAACUAGCCAUUUGCCAAGCAAGGUUGAAGAGAUCUGCUUCAGCACCAAAUCAUCGUAACCGCUCUCACACUGAUCAACUCCCUCGAAGAGCAAUCACAAAGAAAGAGGACAAAAACAUGCAGAAGGGGACUAGCACAAGUACAGAAGAUGUCCGAGCUGUGGGCCGUAUGAGUCUUAUAGGAUUGGAGCAGGGCGUUGAUGGUAUAUUUGUUCGAAGAAAAGAUGAUGUGGUAGAAAGAGUAAUCACUGACUUUCCUGUGCGUGUUAAUGUCCCUUCAAGUAGAACAGAUAAAAUUAAUCGGCCUGAAAACUUUAAACGACAGAGUUAUCCCAAUGAGGAACACAGAACUAGUUGGGAAUCUUUACCAGAAAGUUGCAUUAAUUGUGGACAACCAGUUGAUUAUUCUAAAGACAUAGAAUACAAAUAUUCCAUGGAAUCAUCUCAGGCAUCAAAAUAUUUAACAUGUAGAAAAUGUGGGCAUGUCAGGAAUUAUUCUUCUGGUGGAAGAAGCCUUCCGGGAACCCCGUACUCAAAUCAUAAAACGCUAGAACCUUCUCCAUUUGGAUUGUCAACUAAACACAAUCAGUCACCAACUAAACUUAAUGGAAAUGGGAAUUACAAACCUGGUCCAUCACUUGGCGAGAAAGGAAUUACAUCAGCUAAUAGUAAAACUGCUUCAAGUGAUUCUAAAAGAGUACUUAAUGGAGGUCUUAAAAAGGAAAAGGGAAUGUUUGAGAACUUGCCAGGCCCUGAUUCUGCUGGUAGACAAAACAAUGACCCACUUUACGAGAGUCCAUCAGCUUUAGCACAAAGACUGUUUAAUUUAGAUGGAUUCAGUAGAGAAGAGGUUACUCCAGAACUCAGUAAAAAGUAAGUGGAAAAGUGAGCAUCUGUUGUGGUUUUACAUUCUUAAUGUUGGAAGAUGACAAGUGAACAAAGUUCAGGUCCAUGAGGUAGCAGUUAAUCUCAGCACUGCAUGUAUGCUCAUGUGGGGCAUAGCAAUUUCAUGGAUGAUUCCUGAAUGGUUUAGGAGAAUUUUUUUUUGAACCUUUCCCUAACCUAUCUUACCAUCAAGUUUCCUUUUAUUUGCAUGAUUAGCAUUGAUGGGUGCAUGGAAUGAGGGCUUGUGGCUGUUUUUUGGAGAUUAACUAGAUAUGGGAAAGGCAUUCUCUUCUGAGCUAAGAAGCACUUAAUGCUUAAUUUAAUACCCUGCAUAUGCUUGCAAUAUGCCUAGUGCAUGUAGUUCUAGAUGUGGCUCAGAAGAGCAUUUUAAUUUGUUCAAGGGGUGUUGUUCACAGCAAACUUUCCAAAACUCCAUGAAAGAAAUUCACUGGGAAAUGUACUGUUGACCACCAACAGUUUGCUUUCCUAAAAUGUAACUUCAAAUUUAUGAAAGGUGUAAUUUGUUCUAUCAAGUUUGAGCUUGGGAAAAAGAAAUAAUUUAAAUCCCCACAUGAAAUUGAAUCUCAGAAGUUCCAUGAGGGUGGGACAAAGUGCUGUUUGAUUCCUCAUGGAGAUUCAUAUUGUCUUUUUCUUCAUCUGGUGCUUAUUAUAAGGCAGAAACUAAAUGUUUUGUUAUUCUACUACUGAGCUCAAUAUUUACCAUCUUUGUUAUUCUAUUAACUAAAUUAAUUGCACUUUUUUUUAUUUCAGCACAACUUAUGGAAAAGCAGUGGCUAUUGAAUAUCUCAAAUUCUUUGAUUUUCAAAAUGAGACUAUCACAGAGGCUCUUCAGAAGUUCCUUAUGGCUUUCCAUUUGAGUGGAGAAACGCAAGAAAGGGAGAGAAUUUUAAUUCCUUUUUCCAAGAGAUAUCAAGAGUGUAACAAUCCUGAGUAUGGAUCAGAAGGUAGGACAGAGAGUGUCACAGUCAACGACAGGUCAUACUAAUUCAAAUGAAGUGAGACUUAAUAUUAUUUGUUGAACAAAGACUUUGCAGCAGUCUUUUUGUUUGUUUUUUUCUUUUUGUUUUGUUUUUCGUUUUUUUUAAACCUUUGCUUUUAUUACAAAACACAAUUCUAACAAUGCAAGACUCAUUACGCUACUCUACUUACAGAACAAUACUUACAAUACUUACAAUGUAGGUUACUCAUGCUAGCAAUACAGUAAGUUGAAUAUCGUUACAAAACAUACAAUUAAUAGCAAUAUGGGCCACUUACACUACUAAUAAUACAAUACUCUACUUACAUUACUUGCUGAAUAUACAAUUACUUACAAUACAUUAUACAGUAUAUUGACUUUGAGGAGGCAGGGGUACUUCUCAAUAAAACAUUUAAUUAAGACAAGUUUUCAAGGUUGUAUUUAUUGAGUAGCUUACUGAUAAAAUCCUGAAAGGAGAUGGCCAGGCUAUUAAACUUGGCCGAAUAAAUAUAAUGGUGCCAUUGCAGCAGCCUUGUAAAUUUGUUUUGCUGGGCUCCAUGGUUUUAAAUUAAGACAAAGUAACAUUUUUUUCCAGCUAUAGUUCAAGGGUGGCAAAUGGAGCAUACAUCAUAUACAUGUACAGCUGUUAAAGUCUCUAAUAAAAAUAAUUAUUGAAAUUCCAUUAGGUAUUUCAAUAUCAUUUUCAGUAGUUUUUUCUCCAUCUUCUAGUCUUAAUUUGUUUGCAAAACUUACAUUACUUGCAUUAAAGCUCUCUUGAACAAUAUUUUUCAUAUUUCAUAUAUUACAGCAUAACACCAAAAAAAUAUUAAAAUGUACAAUAGUUAUUCAACUUGACAACUUAAAUCCCUAUUCAGGAACACAAAUCUGUUUUGACUGUUUUUCUGUUUCUCUGUUUCUCUGUUUCAUUGAUUUCAGAUGCAACUCACACUUUAGUUUGCGCCAUCUUUUUGCUAAAUUCUGAUCUUCAUGGUGAGGUAAGCUGUUAGGAUGCUUGUUUCAGUUGAUUAACUAUUAAACUCCCAUAAAUGACCAAGAGAAUUUCUCCUUACAACAUCAAUACAAUUUCAAGCAGAAAAUUGAUGAGAUUUAAAAAAAAUUUCAAAGAAGGGAUUGUUAGUUGAUCCAGUACUAAAUUCUCCAAACUCGCAUCAUAAGAAUUUUAUGGCAAACAGUAAGGAGAAUUAGUGAUGAGAUCUUUGAAGUGAAAAGGUUAAGUCAAGUACAUGUAUUAUUUACAAUAACAAUAAAAUUUACUAAAUAUCGGCUAUAUUUUGGUGAUUUUUAUCAACAUUUUUCCUUGCCACAGACCCUUCAUAAGAAGAUGACACAAGGACAGUUUAUAGAAAAUUUGUCAGACCUCUGUGAUGGAAAAGACUUUCCUAAAGAUUUACUGAAGGUAUUAAUUUUUUUUAUUUUUAUAUUAAACUUAUUUUGUAUGUCAGCCAUAUUUUGUAAAUUGCUUUAAUUUUCUCUUUUAUGGUUAACUGUAGUGGUUAAGUUUUAUUGUUAGUAUGGAAAAUAAGACAUAAAUUUAUCUCUGAUAAUGUUAAAAUUUUUCCUUCAGGCAAUAUACCAAGAAAUCAAAGCUAAACCAUUGGAGGGUUUCGGGUAAGAACUCUCUUACUCUUUCACUUGUAUUAUGUGUUGCUGUAUUGAUUCAGUUUAAUAUAUACUCCACCCAGUUUGACUUGUUAUUUUUCUUUGUGGAAGGAUUAUGUAAUGUUUCUGGAAGGAAGGGAAUAAUAAUUUAAACCAGCUGAAGAUCAUUUUGACCUGAAAUUUGUUUUAAACCAUAACAUCUACAUCAUAAACAGAGUCAGAAAGAUGGAAAAUUUUGAGCUUGGGAAUGACAUAGAGAAAGAUUUUAAUUUGAAUUGUUGUGAGCAUGGGAUAAAAGAAGAAAAAGUAUGAUUUACCCCCUUCUGCACCCUCCUUCUACACCCCCUUCUACACCCCCUUCUCCUCCCCCUUUCUCCACCCCCAUUUCUCCACCCCCUUCUACACCCCUUCUCCUCCCCCUUUCUCCACCCCCUCUCCCCCCUCUCCCCCCUCUCCUUUCUUGCUAGCCGGUAUGUUAGCUGAUAGUGUCCUUGGCUAGCAGUCUUCGAAAUGUCAUCUAUGAUAUUAUUUAUUACUCAACAGACACAUACCAAUUAGCAACUUUAUUUAUUAUGCGGUAACUUAAGUCAUAUAUCUGUUUUGUUGAGUUUACCCUAGCAGUUUUCAUAAAGAUGUUAUCACAAAACAAGUCAAUAAAUGAUAUCAAACUGAUACCUUGUUGUGGCUUAAUUUGCAGUGGAGUGCUUUUUUCUCUUUUGAUUAAUUUUUUUCAUGCUCAUCUCAGUUUUGAAAGGAUUCCUGCAUCAAGUCCAGGCAAGAGAACUCCAACACCAAAUGGGAUAAAGGUAGUGGGAAGAUUCCAAGGAUCAAUAUCAGUAUCUGGGCAACUGCCCACCUACCCCUCCCCUAACUCAACAACAGUCAAUUGACAACAAGUUAAGGUUAAUGUUGGGUUAGGGGAAGGGUAGGUAGGCAGUUACCCAGAUGCUGAUAUUGAUCUGAAUACAAUUAUGAUAAUCUGAAUUGAAGUAAAAUUCGUCAGAAGGGCACACUUUUUGGUCUCUUGUACAGCUUGUAAAUGAAGUACGUCUGAUUGUGCAGGUCAGGGUAUUUGUAAAAAGAACUCCUGUUGGUGACAGGGACAAUAGAGAAACUUCUAUCACCCAGACAAUCAGACUCCACAAAGUAUUAGCACUGAGGAAGGGCUUAUGCAUGAAACAUUAGCUAUAAUCUCUUUGUGAUGCCCACUUCACGAUAUCAACUUGGGUGGUAAAACCAAACCAUUGUGUAAUACUCCCCAUAGGAGCAGCACUAUUAACAGUUUCUUUAGAAACUUACCACUUCUAUUCUUACUGUAUCAUGAACUGUUGUUGCUGGGUCCAACCAUUUACUGAAUACAGUUGUGUGUACAUGUAAGUACAUGAAGUAAAUCCUUUUACUGCUUUCUUAAGUUAUUAUUAUAAAUCAGUGUCUUUAGCUCAGGUUUGAUGUCCCUCUCCAUUUUUUUUCCUUUAUUUUAUGUUUUUUUGUGACUUAAAUUUGAGGCCUUAGUUUUUCUAGAGAUUGACAAGAGUAUCUUUUGAUGUCAGAAAUGUAAUUUCCUGUCUAGAAGACAUUUUAGAGCAAUGUCUACAAUCCUUUAAACACCCCACUUCCCAUUUCCCCAUUUCACAGUCACCAUAUGUAGAAUUUUUUGUUGUUUAUCCAAUGUCCUAAUACUGUUUGUUGUUGUCCUAGGGAACCCCUGGAAAUCCUUUUGUAGAGGUAUGAACUUUACUACUAUCCCUUCUCUUUGGCUGGGGUCUCGCCCUCUAUUUGCCUUUACCCUCUGAAGCCCUUCUUAGACCAUCAGCUGUCUUCAACUUAGUUCAUUAUCUCUUCAAUAUACCUCUGCAUGCAACUGUUCCAUUCCUGGUGCUGCUCUACCUUUGUGCACAUCCCAGAUUCUUUAGUACCUCUUCAGGUAUCCAUGAUCAAAAUAGUGCAUUUAUACAGGGUUAUGCUUUUUUCCUGUGUAUGGCUUAGACAAGUAUUAUUUUGUUGUGUCUUAGAUUCGAGGUAGUGACUCUGAUAAGGUAUACAAAGAAGGCCUCUUGUACAGAAAAGUCACCAUGAGCUCUGAAGGAAAGAAAAGUGAGUUGAAUGUACCAGUUGUGAUUAUGUACACAACAGUGUAAAGCAUUUAUAUAAAUCAGUUGCCAUUUGAGCAAGUUACUGCACUGAUACCCUCUGUAGGCUAGACAAAUGAUGUGGUAUUACUAUGUACACUGUUUGUCAUGAAAGUACAAAUCAAUCUGUAGAAGUUUAGACUAUGGGCAGUCCAUACUUUUUGAUGUCCAUCAUGUGAGGGGAAAAAAAAAAAAUCAGUGAUGCACCUUGGAAGGUGUAUAAAGUAGGGACACAGACUAAGCCCAAGAAGUUGAUCAUGUACCACUGAGUAAUUUUUAGGUGUCAAAUUUUUAUCUAAAUGAGGCAUAACCAAUGACAUUCCUUAUUUUAAUUACCUUUCAAUUUUUGUGUCAUCACAACACACAGGUGAUCUCAGAAAAAUUAAAAAAUUUCAAAUUUGAACAAUAAACUGGAAAUCUAUGAAAUGGUUCAGUUAGGAUGAGUCACAUGAACAAAACUCCUAAAGAGAUAAUAAUGAUGGGCAACUCGGUCAAGGAACCAUUGUAAAGUGACCAUUGCUAUGUGUGCGCUUGUGAUUUGUCUUCAGAGAUGACAUUCAUACAGUCUUCAUCCUUUUCUGAUAACUGAAUGGCUGGAAGGCCAAGUUUGUUGAGUUAGCUGACUUGUUCCACCUGCUGUUAAGGGGAAAAAUUACAAGGACACACUGUAUGGUUUGACAAGAGUUUUACUGGAUGAAACAUCUGUUAGAUAACAUAUUUACUCGUGUAUGAGUUGACCUUAUAUGACCUAAAAAUCAGCCCAAAAAAUCAUCCUCAACUUAUACACGAGUCAUGCACAAAGACCUGACCCAAGAAAUCCAAGAAAUUAGCAUAACAAAUGCCUGAAGUCUGUUUGGAAAACCUAGUUUAUAAUACCAGUUCUAAUUGUGUUCAAGUUUUGUCACUUUUCAGCAUACUCUUUGUCAACAAAAAAGUUUGAAAUAAUAAAAUUCAAGUGGCUUAACACAAAGCUGCUGGAGCUGAUUUCUAUUGUGUCUUUGGACUGUAGAGCAGACAUUUUUUCAUACAGCUUCGCUGCUGUUUACAGUGCUGAACUUUUUUUUUCAUCGAGUGAUUUCAGUAACUUAGUGACCUGGCAAAUGCCAUUGUCUCAUGUGAUCCUUCAAAAGUGUUCCUUUUUGGGAAAUUUCUUUUAAAUCUAAGAUGAAUUUUAAAUGCAGGAAGAUUUUUGACAAGAAAUGAUGUAAAAAAUCCGAUUUUUGCAUCCUUGACAUUAACAAGUGCAAAUAAAAAUGGUUACAUUUUGCUCUGCAGUUUUUUUAAUUCCCCAUGUUUUCAAUAUAUUCUCAAAAAUAGGAGAUUAACUUUUUGGGAAAUUUCUGUCUUUCUGAAUUUUACUUCUUUGACUAGAAAUGAUGAAAAAUCCGAUUUUUGAUCUUGAAAAUGGGGUUGACUUGUACACAAGUUCAACUUAUACACAAGUAAAUAUGGUAAGGCUCUUUCCAAUGCCAGUUGGCAAAAUUUUCAGUAGCGACUUGACAAGGGUGUCAUUAUCAGUUUUGUAAAUCAUAUAUAUAUAUAUAUAUAUAAAACUAAUAUAUAUAUAUAUAUAUAUAUAUAUAUAUAUAUAUAUAUAUAUAUAUAUAUAUAUAUCUACUAUAUAUAUAUAUGUAGUAUUGCACAAGAUAUCAUUUUCCCUUGUUGUCCAAAAUUUUACAUCUGGUGACCAUUUUAAGGUUUUUUGGUCACCAAGUAUUAAUGUUGAAUGAGGUUGUGUUUGGAGCCCUGUAUUUGUAAUAAAGUACAAUUUCAAUUGAAGUCUUGUAACCUCUUUCAGCUUCUGCUUGGAAAAGAAAAUGGAUGCCUUUUUUUGCAACACUCAAAGGAAUGAUCCUCUUCCUCCACAAGGCAAGUCAGGUCAAUUUUAAGGCAAUCUUGUCUUUUAAUUCACUCAAAUAUUUACAACUGGUAAAAUCAACCAUUUGACAAAACGAAUUGUUCCUUCUGUUUAUUUCAGUCAGAUGAGGUAACUGGGCCAGAGCAUACUAGAAACUGUUUAGGUGUACAUCACUCUUUGGCCAGUCGAGCUACAGAUUAUAUCAAAAGGCCUUUUGUAUUUAGAUUUGUCACUUCUGAUUGGAGAGAAUUCCUUUUUCAAGCAAGGUAUGUUAGUCUUUUCAUAAUUAUUCUCAUAAUACUCUAUUGGAUUCAUAUACACCACAAUGUACCCAGAUAUAGGACACUUCCUCUGAUAAAGAAAGCUAACUUUCAUAGUAUUAUACACUCCAGUUCAUCCUAACACUGGAAAUCCUGUGAGUUAUGAAAUUUUUAUGUUCAUGAUGAUGUUAAAAUCCUAAACUUACCCAUUAAGCAAGCUGCAGUGAGCCUUUGGGUGUCACCUGAAUCUCCAUACACAUUUGGUGUUUAGGUGGCUAAAACUGUAUUUCUUGAAACCAUUUUGUGAUUUUAAAUAGCCAUGUAGAUGAGGAAUUUGGGAAGAAUUAAGCACUAAUAACUCCUCUUUUCUCAUAAGCCAUCUUAUUUAUCUUUCCUUUUGUAUUUUUGUAGGAAUUUUCGUGAUAUGAAUGAGUGGAUUGAUGCCAUUAACCUAGUGGCUGCCACAUUUUCUGCUCCACCCUUACCAGCACCUGUUGGUUCAUGGUAAAGCAACGUCUUAAUUGCUCUGAAACUGCUAAGAGUAGUCUUUUUCUCGCAUUGUAACUAUUUCAAUUGCACAACGUAAUCUCAGUAGAAUGAGGUGCAUGGUAUUAAAGUUACCCUCAAAUGACUUUUGAUGCAAAAAGAAAGGCAAAAAAAUGUAGAGGGAGAAUCCAGCUGCACAUCAGAAGUUGUGUGGGGGUUUUAAGAGUCAUUCAUUGUUUUCAUUUCUGGCAUUUCUUCCAGUACUAAAAUUACUUUCACUGCUAAUACUGUUUACCUAAAAUAACAGUACCUGUGCUACCAAGGUUUGCAACAGAAGUUUGCAGCAAAAUUAAAAGUUCAAUAUACUGCUGCAUAGUUAAAAGUGCAAUUUAUUGUAAUUUAUAUUAUAAUUGUGGUUAUGAACCUCCAUGGCAUUCUUUGAUAGAGAAUUAUGAUUUUUUGAAAAGAGGAUUACCUUCAUACUGAAGAGAACCAGAUUGUGUGUUGAAAGUGCACAGCUUCAUUGCAAUGUAAAAUGCUAGUGCAAGUGUGAUGCACAUAUAGCAACAUUUGUAGACGUUGAUUCUUGACAAUUUAUCACAAAUCAAUCAAACUGAUGAUGUAUCUCACUGGAAAUUUUUUCAGCAAAAGAUUUCAGCGACCAGUCCUUCCUUUCUCCUGCACUCAGCUCUCUCUUGUAAGUCGCCUCUUCCAUGCUUUUAUGAAACAAUAAUUAAAAGUAAUGAUUGAAUUUGAACUUUAAAUACAGAAAGAAGAAGUCAGAUAAGACAAAUUUAAUCUUAAGUGUUUUCUUAUUGAAAUUAACAGAUGAAGCAGUUAGAACACCAUGAGACAAAGGUAAGUAAGAUAGGAUUCAUUAUUAAUUAUAACAUAGCUAGUAAAUUUGCCUAAUCAAAUUCAAUUGUGCGAGCGUGCUUCAUAUUCCUAUUGUGCACACUCAUGAUGUCAGCAAGCAAAUCCCUUGAGAAAAAAAAAUUUUCCAUUGGGUUGAAAAUCUUAUGAAACAAUUGGUUCAUAUGUCAGCUGUGCGUUCAUUAGAUAUGAAGCAUUUGGGAAGUUUGGAGAGCACUCAAGAAGCUAGACUUACUUAAACUCUUACGCAUCUUUCAUGCUCUCCAAACUUCCCACGUGCUUCAUAUCUUGAUGAAUGCACACUGACAUAUGAACCAAUUGUUGGUCAUAUCAUGGAAGUGUUUUAUUGCCAUUUUCUUGAGGAAUUUUAAAAAGUUAAUGCAAUGUGCUGGCUAAUGUACACUUAAGGUUUGGAGGUAAAGAGUGACUAUGAAAGGCUCAGCACUCAUCAACUGGUACAUCUGAGAUUGUUCCAUGUGUUUCACAUAGUUUGACAGAAAUGUUAAAUGAAUAUGGAUGAGAAUCUCUGGACAAUGAGUUUUGGUUUUAUUUCGAUACGUGAUGAGGAAGAGUCUGCAUGUGAAGAUAACAUGUUGGUUCAUAUUGCUGUAAUAGACAUUGUACAAUUAGCAUCACCAUGUGAUGAAUUAUUAUUUGUGGGUUUUGUUGAAUGUAAUCGUUGAUUCCAGAGUAAAGAGGCAGAAGGACAGUUGAUUGAAAGUUUACAAAACAAGCCACAGAGUGUAACUGGCAGAGAGUUUGAGGUACAAACCUUUUCUAGAUUAUACUCUGAAUUAAUGAUUUUGCAGAAAAAGUGUUUUAUCAUAGAUCCUCCAUUUCGUACUCAGGACCCCUUAUUUCUGAUAUAGUCUUAACAGCUGGCCUUUAUUUUAGGGUAGCACUUAAUCAGGGAGGGGGAAGUAGGGGGAGGGGAGAGUGGGGGAAGGGAGGCUUGGCUUAUGUUCUUAAACUCAUUUCAAAUCAUGGCUACCAGUAGGCAUGAUUCUUAUUUUCUGUAAUAAUUUUGCAUUAGUUGUAAACAUUAUUGUUUUUUCUGGCAGGAGUGGCAAGAAAAACAUGAAUUCUUGGAUUAUGAGGUAAAUGAUGCACUUUCUUGAGAAAUAUGUUUGGUUUGUAAUGAUCUCAGACUUACCACAAAGAAUUUAAAAUUUCUUUCUUUCCCUAGUACAAAAGAUACAAGAUGUAUGUGAAUGUUCUGCGGGGAUCAAAGUUGGAGAGUAAAUUGCGAGAAAAGCCUCGUGGCUCCGGCAGGUCUGUUGAAUCUAUCAUGUUGCAGAUGAAGCGCUGUAGUUCCCUGGGGGAUUUAGAUUUGUCCAGUGGUUACAAGGGGAGGAAUGUUCGAGAAAGUUAUGUUAUGGCAAUUUAUAAGGGUUGA